AUGGGCUCAGUCACAUAUGCCGACGGCGUUUCUAUUCUUCAGCUUAUUGCAUACCUUCCAUCAUUUUUCGUGUCCAGCUUUCUGGUUUACCGCCAUGGUAUUCGCAGCUCGGGCGGCUUUAUCUUUCUCGUCAUUUUCACCCUGGUCCGCAUAGUCGGCGCAUGUUGUGAAUUGGCGACUAUCCACAAUCCCUCAACUGGUAUCUACAUUGCAGCUGCUAUCUGCAGCUCCAUUGGAUUAUCCCCCUUACUCAUGGCUUGCUCGGGCAUGUUGUCAAGAGCAAACCAAUCCAUGGCUCGCCCUAUUCUUCACAGACUCACCUUCACCGCUUUCCGUGUCACCACAAUCGUCGCGCUGGCUUUGACCGUGAGUGGAAUUACUUGGAAUAUGACUCCGGAGGCCUUGAAAACACCGAACACCGAAGUGAAGGUUGGCAUGAUCUUGUAUUUCGUCAGCUGGGUGCUUUUGUGUGUGGGUCUCGCCGUCCUGUUUCUGCGCCGCUCGAAGAUCGCCGAGGGCGAGAACCGCAACUUGCUUGCUGUGGCUGUCUGUGUUCCGUUUCUUCUCAUUCGAACCAUUUACGCUCUCUUGCUCUGGUUUGUCGCGAACAAUACAUUCAACGCACUGGAUGGAAAUACCACGGUUCAGCUGGUGAUGUCUGUCCUUGAGGAGAUGGUUAUUGUCUUUGUUUGCCUAGGUGUCGGAUUCACCCUGCAUGUUCGUGAAAAGAACUGGAAGUCCGUUCCAAACAAGGAGGCGGAACUGAGAGAGGAGAUGGCUUAG